CUUUUCCGGCAUGUCUUUGAGAUUUUAAAAAAAUGUCAGGUUAUUUGAACAACAAAGACUUGUAACAUACAAGGUAACCCUACUCCAGCCCUUAGAAAACUCCUAAUUAACACGCACCAAGUUUGAGGUCAGUGGUUGAGGCAGCACCAAAAGCAUGUCCUGAAAACAUGGAUUCCUUGGAUUAACCAUGAUCCCUUUAUAACAACACCAGAUAAUCCCAAGAAAAAUUUCCUCCGCUGAUCACCACAGCAUAACCAGCAAGCUGACGAUGGCAACUUUCAUAGUCACCUUGGUUGCUCUUCUCAUGGCACUCUUCCGAUCAACAAUUUCUACAAACGUUCCUCCAAAGGAUCAAGACCUCCGCUUCGCCAUGGAAGAAAUGCAGAAGGCUAACUACUUCACCUUUGUCAUGCUGAUCAACAUGUCUCCCCUUAAUCCAAACUUUCUCGGAAAUGUCACUUUCUUGAUGCCUACUGAUCGGAUGUUGUCGAAAACAAUAAUUCCACAAAAUGCAGUUUCGAACUUCUUGCAUCGCCAUUCAAUCCCCUCUCCUUUGCUUUUUGAGCAUCUUCAACAUAUCCCAACAGGUUCGAUUCUUCCCAGUUCAAUUCCUGAGUACAUGCUCAAUAUUUCAAAUGGUGGUGGCAGGAGAAGUUUCUUCCUAAACAAUGUCAGAAUCAUCACCCCGAAUAUAUGCACUGCUGGAUCCUCCAUCCGGUGCCAUGGCAUUGAUGGGGUGUUGAGGCCAGGAAGUAAUAUAUCACCACCUACAUGCUCUGACAGCGCAGCUUCUCCAGUGGCUUCACCACCAUCACCCUCACCAGUUCCAUUUCUUCCUUUCCUCGAUGAUUUUCCUGUCCCAGCCCCGCAACCAGCUGACAGCAGCCAACACAAUUCAGGAUCUUCCCAGUUCCUAUCAGAUAGAAAACUGCUGAAAUUUAUAGGGACUCUUUUGGUAGUUUUUAUGAAUGAAUGUUUGAUAAACUAGCUAGCAAUCUUAGAUUAAAUGUUUGAAAUUUUUAAAUUAAUUUUAUUGUUUUCUUUUUCUUUUUCUCAAUCCGAAACCAAUUAAUUUGUAUAUGCAUGGUAUCAUGAAAAAUGUACCAAAAAUC